AUGGCGAUCAAAUUGUCAACUGUAUGUUGUCAGUUUGUUAUUGUGUACCUUCUAGUGGUCGAAGGUGCGCUAAAUGUGCAUAAAUUUGAAAUGUCUGAUGAACUUGAACCAGAGGAUCCAUUGUCAAGGUCCAGAAGAUCUUCAGACAGGAAUAGACGAAGUAUCGAUGCGAAAUGCACGGAGCAAGAAAACAACUUUCUGCAAGACAUCCUGUCCAAAAACGUUCGGAUGGAAGAAAAAAAAGUUUUUGAUACUGAUUCAAGCACUAGUAUGGCAUUAGCAUGGGCUGGAGAAAAGGGGGGUGUAAUGGUUGUAACAUCACAUGUGACUUCAGAUGGCCUUACCGACUCUUCUCACGUGUACAAAAGCACUGAUUAUGGUAAAACUUUUACUAAAGUGGAUAAAUUAGAGAAUGCAAAAGUGAGAAAGCACAAUGGCCUACAAAGGAAUCCACACAAUCCAAACAAGCUAUACCUGGUGGGUGAGAACACAGAGAAAUCCUCCAUCUUGUUCAUCACAGAGGAUGGAGGUUUGACAUUCCAGACCAUCACACUGCCCUUCCUUCUAAGUAAUGAAAUCACCUUUCACUCCCGGUCACAGUACGAAGACUACCUUAUUGUCAAGGAAGUGAUUUACGGCAGUAACGGAAAGAAUAAGCAGUUAAUGAACCUAUACAUAAGUACAGAUAAUGGGAAGACUUGGUCUAAAGUAGCAGACUAUGUGGAAUCAUUUAAGUGGGGAAGUUACUCUUCAGAGCCUGGUGAAACCAUCUAUGCAUCAGUUGAUCCUGAAAAAACUCAUCCAUUUUUCGCUGCUUUUUACCAAGUCAUAUAUGAACUAAGGAAAUCAACAGAUGCUGGUAAAACCUGGAAGCCCAUCAUGAAGAAUGUGGUAUCAUUUGGACAUCAGGGGAAAUUCCUGUAUGCCUCUGUUCUAAUUCAUGUUGGACAGGAACAGCAGCAGCAGUCCUUUUGGGAUGCUGAUUUGUCCAAUGCACGUAUUAUGAAGGUAUCCCCAGACGGAGGCACCACUUGGUUUGAGGCACAGCUUCCAACAUUGGACUCGGAUAUGUUUUAUUCUGUGAUGGACAUGGAAGAAGACCUUGUCUUUAUGCAUGUGGAUGACCCAGGAGACACUGGUCAUGGCACCUUGUACACAUCUGGAGGGAAGGGUGUAAUCUAUUCACGCUCCCUGGAGAAACACUUGUACCCAAACUACGGGGAUACCACAGACUUUUACAGGAUGGACUCGAUGAGAGGGGUCUAUAUUGCCAGUCAGAUGAGUGGAGACGACAGCAUUCACUCCAUGAUCACAUACAAUCAGGGGGCAAGUUGGCAGCCCAUCCCACGUCCACAGGGUAGUGUUUGUAAAGAUGAAAGUAAGGCUUGUAAUUUACAGAUUCAUGGGACAUACAGCAUUACACGAGGUAUUCUCGCCCAGUCUCCGAUCAGUGUUUCUAGUGCUGUUGGUGUGGCUAUGGUACAUGGACAUGUAGCUGAUGCCCUUCAGACUACACACCCGGAUGUCUACAUCACACGAGAUGGUGGAUACAAGUGGUUUAAGGCUCUGAGUGGCCCUCACCACUACCACAUUGCUGACAGUGGCAGCCUGCUUGUGGCACUUCCCUCUGAUACCGACAGACCUACGGUCAUCAAGUUCUCCACAGAUGAAGGACGGUGUUGGCACUCAUACACUUUCAUAAAAAAUGAGACAGAGGCCAUUAAAUUUACUGGUCUGUUGACUGAGCCUGGCUCGACCUCUAUGACUGUGUCUGUGUGGGGCUAUCACCCAACUACCAGAAAGUGGACUGCCUAUGUAUUUGACUUCCAAAAUGUCCUCAAACAGCAGUGUACUUCCAACGAUUACGAAGAAUGGCUUGCACACGAAACUUUACGUAAAUAUGAAAGUGACUCAAUGAAGGGCUGUUUACUUGGGGAGAAAGAGAAAUUCAAGCGGUUAAAACAGGACUCUUGGUGUCACAACGGCUAUGACUACACAGUAGAAAAAGAUAUCCAGCCUUGUACCUGUUCUAGAGAAGAUUUUGAAUGUGACUAUGGUUAUUUUAGACCAGUUGGUGGCCUCAACUGUCUAAGAAACAAGUCCAUGGCUGUCUUGGAUAUAUGUAUGCAGGGAAGAGAGGAGGAAGUUAUUACAGAAGGAUUUAGAAAGGUUCCUGGUGACAAAUGUGAAAAUGGUUUCUCGCCGGUUGGUAAAACAAUAAAUCUGGACAAACAUUGUAAGGAAGGUGAUAAGAGCAUUCUUGGCGUGGGAAUUAAAGUAAAAAAAUCAGGCCCCAAUAGCAUGGUGGUGGCAGCUAUUGUUAUGGUGGUCAUUCUCUUUGUGGUUCUAAUGUCUAUCUACUUUGGUUACAAACUCUGGAUCAUACGUAAACAUCGUGUGGUGUAUCGUUACUCCCUGUUAAACCAGUCUGAAGCAGGAGACUAUGACAAUGAGUUUGAGAACGCCUUAUCACCAAAGUCUGUUGUUUAUCAGGAUUCUUCUGAUGAUGAGGAGUUGAAUUCUCCAGCAGUAAAGAAAGAUGUUGCAAACAAGAAAACACAUGGUGGUUCCUCUAACUCCAAGGCAGGAAAUGGCCAUGUAUUCCAGCCCUACCAUGACGACUCUGAUGUAGACAUGCUUAACUGAAGGAUGACUGUGAUAAGACUUUGCUAUUUCCACGUGGAGCUACAUUCCAGUAAUCAUGUGAUAGAGAAGAUGGUGGACAGUCGUCAUGUUCUAGAGUACAGCAUCCAUUACCACUGUGUCCAUACACUACAUUUUUAUUUCAAGAUGUGACCUUUAUUUUGUAUGGCCUAAAAUCUUCACCAAGUCCUUGCCAUUUAUUAAUCCACUGUGUUGUUUUUCCAUCCUUACCCUUGUUUCCGAAGGUUAUCUGAAAAUCCUACAGUGUUAAAUUCUUGAAGUGUAAUAUAGUGAUACAAUUUCCUAUAUAGAUUUCCAGUAGGUGUUUUAUCAUGUUCCAAAAGUUAAGGAUGUAUUUUCUAAAAUUUUAACUGAGAUACACGAUUUAGAAAAAGAAAUAUGUAAAGUCAUGCAGACCGGAGCUUGUUUGUGAUUUUGGUUUCUUUAAAGGUGUCCAAAGCUAUUACAGGUACCGUCUUAAUUACUGAUACUUGUCUCAGGUAUACUUCUGUAUUUAGCUGUUUGAAAUGAUAUUUGUGCUAGUCUCAGGCAAAGAAGGAAUGUCUCUGUAUGAUAGUCAAAUGAAAAUGGAGAUUUUCGUAAGGCAUUUAGCACAAUUACAAAAUUUAUUCGAAUAUAGAAGAUAUUUAAUACUCAUAGCUGGACAAAAUAUUUAUUAAUUUUUUUUUGUAUUAGCUAGUGUUGUUACAGUGUGUGUACCAUAAAUUUCCUGCCAUAAAACCAAUGUUCUAUUUAAAGCUGUUGUCCUGUUAUAAAAGACUUUUGUGCAUAUCAUGAAUGUCCUAAGUAGUCCCAGACAUUUUAUCUUAAUUGUUGGUCAAGGGUGUUGUCAUAGUGGUGAGAUAUAAUCCAUGUACGCCGAGGGUUAACACAGGUGCAUUAGGAUCUUAAUUGUCAGCCAAGGAUAAAGUGGUGAAAUGUGCUCCCAAGGUUAGCACCUGUAAACUAUGACCCUAGUUCAUUGUCGAUGGAGGGUGUGGUGGAAGUGGACAUACAUCAUUCAUAGCAACAAAUCAGCUGUCUUUGAUUUACAGACUUGUAUCUUGUAAAAUUUUGAAAACGUCGCUACAUUAUCUAUUGAAAUAUGAACAACUGUACCUUUGUAACCACUAAGCCAAAUAUAAUCAGACUUGUGUUCCAUUGCUUUCGCUUUACCAAAUAUAUAAUAACUGAUGUACUAUAUCUGAGAUUUCAAUUAUCCUCAUUAAGGGAAGUAAAAUAUGUCUUUUAGGAAGAAAUCUUUGGCUCCUACUAGUCUGGCAACAGUUCUUUGAUUCUGUACACAACAGCCCUGAAAUAUCAAAAAAUCAAAUGCCAAGGAAAUUUCAAACACAGGCAUAAUAUUGCUUUAAAUUUGAUUUUAUUUAGUUUUUAUCAGGGUGGUAGCAGAGAAGAGUUAUUUUCAUAUUUCAAGACAUUGGAUAUGUGUACUUACAUAAUCAGCAUGGGAGGGAAACUAUAAACAUCUAUCAGUGUAACAAAGAUUUUGUUGUAUGAAAUUUUCUGAUUUUGAGCUCAUCAUGGCUUUCCACCCUACUUUGUUACUGCUCUGUAUGUAUAUCUAUACUCUGUAAUAUAGCACAUAUCUUAGGCUGUCAUCAAAAUAUUGUCCUCAGGUAAGGGAGACAAUCGAAAACCAUACAGAAUUUUAACUUGAGCUAAUAGAAGCUCAGAAAAGAAUUCUGUCUCUAGCUGACUCCAUAUUCUUGUUUCAAAAUAACAGUCAUUGACUACAGUUAUUGGAAAUCACUUAGAUCUUGAGAAUACUUUCAUGAACAUACCUCUUCAGACAUAUUUCCAAAUACAUGAUUUUGUGAUUUGGAUCUAGAAAUGAUUUUAAAUUCAUGAAUGAUGAGCUAUUAGAGAACUGGAUUUUGAAGGAUGUUGUUAUUAGUAACCAAAUCAACAUGGAUGCCAUCCAGAGUUAAUAUUGUACAAAUAAUUGUAAGGGAUUUGAAUUCACAAUAGACUCUACUGGUGUACUAACACAAAAAUAAACCCUGUGUGACAUAUAUUUUCAGUGAUCCACAGUAUUAGUUUCCCUUAUGCUGAUGACUGCUUUUGGACGUAUCUGCUCUAUUGUAUGUUAAUUUGUACUUGUGAUUCAUCAGGUGUUUUUCUCUUCCUUGUGCCACUACCUUAUCUAAUCCAGAAAGUGCAAUCAUGGAACAUGUUAUUGUCUUUAUAUGAUGUUAAUGCAGGAAAAUUUGCAGUGAAGUACGAAAUGUUUUGUCAUUUAUUUGCUCAGAUUGUUGUACUGAUUUUUUGUUGAUAACUCUGCUUUGAAUUUCUUUUUUUAUUUUUGUAUUCUGUUGGCAUCAGUAGAACAUCAUUGAAAGAUUAUCUUAAGACCACUAUAUAAAACUACAUAACACUACAAGCUUGCUUGAGGUUUGUUAGAAUCAUUUUGGGCUCCAUGUUUUACCUCUAUGAAUAUAUUUUAGUACAUGAUGAUCAAAAGAGAACUUCGUCUAAACUGAAAUGUGAAAGUGCAUUAGAGUUUCAUUUAUUGGAAGAAAGUGCUGAAAUGAAUAUCAUGUACUUACAAGUGUUGUGUGAACAGUCAGGGUCCUGAAUGUACACAUAUUUUACUGAUCAAAUAUUGAUUUCAUCGUUUUGUAUUGCUGGGAGAUGAAAUAUUGCUAUAUUGUAUCUAUAUUAUGUUAUCACUUUUUCUUGACAUAUUUAUUUUAAACCUUUUUAUGUUGUGUUUACUUGCUCACUUCAGUUCUGUCUUUGUUUACCUCUGAGUGAUGUGUUGGACACAGUUUGAAUGUGUAGUUGGUGUACUCUAUAAAUAAGCUUAGAUUAAACUAUUAAAUGGGAUAUUGGUUUUGUUGUAAUAACUCAUAUGUACAUAUCAUUCUCGUGAAGUUGACACUUAAUGCAUUUACUUAGGAUUUCUAGCCUCAGUUUCAUUAAUCUUCUAUAACUUAGGGAAUUCCUUAACAUUAAACUUCCCAUAGGAGAGCAUAACAUAACUUAAGGAAAUUUCCUUAAAUUAAAAUUUUUCCUUAUUGUAUGUAAUGGUUUUCUAUGGUAAUUAAGAUUUCCUUAAAGAAGAUUCAUGAAAAUGGGGCCUGUGUUUAUAAUAUUGAUGUGUCAAAUAGGGAGCUGGUUAUCCUGGUAGAUGUUGUAAGUGUAGAAAUAUUUGAUAAUAUGACUGAUAUAUUCAUUUUAUACGUUUCCAUUAAAAAAUAUUGCUGUUGAUAAAAUAUAAACAUGUUAUUUGCUAUAUAAACUUUAGGUUUACUGUAACAAGUUUGUAAUGAUUGGUCCUAAUUGAGAACCAUUUGCAGUAUCAUCUUCAGUCUUUAUCCAGUUUUUUUUUUGGUGAUGGUUAUGGUUUGAAACUUUUCAUACUGUUAUUUCUUCAGUAAUGGUAAGCAGAUGUGAUAUAUAGAUACAGACUCUUUUCCUGUGGUUUCCUAUAUAUAGUUUGAAUCAGAUUUCUAGACAUUUUCCUGUGGUUUCCUAUAUAUAGUUUGAAUCAGAUUUCUAGAGAGAGCCUCAGUGUAUCUCUUCAGUGCUUAUUGAAUGCUACUGUUCAUGUUUUGUUUUAUAUGUUCCAUCCAGAAUUUGAUCAUUUUGACCGAUUAAAGGUUAUUGAUUUCUGUAGAUAUAUGAUAAUACUAUUGAAUAUGGACCCAGUAGUGUGUGAGGUAUAAGGUUGUGCUGGGGGAAGAAAUCCAUUUUUAUCACAUUGGCUGUGUUAUUCAGUGCAUGUACCCAUGUAGCAAUUUUGUGCAUCAACCAAAGUAUUAUGACCUUUUGUGAUGUCUGGGUAUGACGGUUUUUAGUGUCACUUAUUUGUCAAAUGCAUAAUGACUUCACAAUUAAGAUCAUAGGAGGAGAGACAAGAUGAAUCCAAAAAUGACAUGGAGAAAACAUGUUUUUUUGUAAUAUUUGUAAGAAUAAUCAUUCAUGUGAAAGGAUCUUAAAUUUGUUUCCAUUUCAUAUACACUUAUUAAACUAAGUGUUUUGUAGAAUACCAUCAAAGAUCCUAUAUGUGUAACUGUCUGUGUAUACUGUGUUGCCAUUUCAGUUUUCAAUUUUUAUAUGAAUAUUUAUUUGUCACCAGAUUUGUCAGGUUAUCCAAGUUCUGAAUUCUGAAAAAUUUAUUGUAAAAUAAUGAUACAUCUGGUUUGCAGAGACUUCUAGAUUGCAGGCCCCAGUUGUUCAAAAGCUGGUUAGAGAUAACCAGUGGUUUGUGAAGAUUUUCAACCAUGAAUGAAACAAAAUUGGGAAUUGUCUUUAUUAUAGAUUUGCUGAGACAGGUCAGAUUGAUGUAUUCUGAGAGUUAAUUUAGCCUUGAAUACUCUUAUAUUUUCAGUGGCAACAAUUUUUCACUAACUACUGGUUAUUUCUAACAACCUUUGAGCAACAGUCAAACAUUGCCUUUGUUGGAACAAAUUAUGCUGGCUGGUUUACAUGAAAACCGAGACGGACAGGAAUCUGGUACAGAUAGAAUGCACUGAACUGUCAUAUUCAGGUUCAUAUAACAGUGUUCAAAUUUUUGUAAUAGAGUUACAAAGUGGUCAGUAUAAUUUGUUUUGGACAAACACUAUUCAACUCUGCAGCUAAUCAAAUACAACAUAGUAAUUGGUACACUGUUAAUCAUAAUGUUCUUUUUAACCUGAAGUGAUACAUUAUUUAAUACCUUAAACUAUUAUCAGUAGCAAACACUACUUUCUCAAAUCAAAUCACAAACGUUUUAUAACAUGGUCCUUAAUUUUGAUUGUUGGUGUUAGGAUUAUUUCUGAUAACAUUAAGUCUGUAAUGAAUAAGGCACUUCAGAUAUGUUUUAGUUUUCACAAGACUAUCUGGGAAUUUGUUUGUUAUGUGAUGAACAGAAUCUUUCAUUUGUUUCCAAUUUUGUAUUUGAUUGAUGUAAUUGGUGAUAAUUUUCUCAUGUUUCCUCCAUUUUGAUGGGUUGUCAUAUAGAGUUACUCAUGUCCUUGGCGUUGGGCAACAUUCUGUCUCUUCCUAUCAUGAAUGGUGUUGUCCCUCUAUCAAGGUCAUUUCAUGAGGGAUUUUGAUAAAUUUUUAUGCUAUUGAAAAAGCAAUACAUCAUAUCUCAAGGUCAGGGUCAUCAUAACUAUUUAUAGAAAUUUGGAAAAAAACUUAUGGUUAUAAACAUCAGAAGCUUUCCUAGUUUUAUUAGCAGCAGCUAACUCUGGUGAACUGUUCUAAGGAAAUGUAAUCUUUUACCAAUUACAUGAAUCUCAUUGAAAGAUGGAGACUUGAAGGAUGUUCAGUAAGACUGUUUGAAGUUUAUAUAGUAUGUAUUUAUAAAAGAAAGUUAAAAAUCUUGAAACUUGUAUUUCUCCAUUCAUGACAUGUUGUGAAUUUUUUCAAUUGAAUAAUGUGUAACAAUUUACAUUUCAAAAAAGUUUGUAGAUGAAACUAAUGGUAAAAGUUUCAGCUUAAGUUUGAUGGAUUUUGAUAGCAUUAAAUGUGUCUUCCGUAACUAAUGGUAACGAAAUACAUGUAACAUGAAAUUUACAUAAUAUGCAGGCACUGUAGCAUAUGUUUAACAGUAUGUAUUUAUAGAAUUUUGUCAUUUUUGUUUGUAAUUUUUUUUCAAAGAUAAAAUGAUCUGCAUAUAUGAAAACAAAUCUGAUGUCGACUAAAACCAGAAAUAUUCUUCAGACUUCAGAUACAUGUCUGCAAAUGUUUCAUCAUAAAGUUUUUACAGUGAGCCUGUUGAAUUUUACCUGGUUUGAAUGUUAAAGACAAAUUUGGAAGUCACUUGCCUGUAUUUGUAUCAAGGACGCUGCUGAAAUGUUGAAUCCAUUGAUGAUGUCAUAGUUUCAACAGAAGUAACCUAAAGCACAUCGUAAUGUAUUAUAUAAGGUUGCAUAAUUUAUUUGAACAUAAUAUGUACAUUACAUGAUAAGUAAAAAAACCUACAUGUAAAUACAUGUACUUGUCUCACAAAUUUGACUCAUACCAGGUGAAUGGUUUAUUUGUGGGAUGGUCUACUUGUUCAUGAUGAAAAAGAAAAGUUUUGUGUUUUUAAUUUUUUUUUUAUUCCUAGAGAACUGUGAUAGACCUGUUACCUGUAUGAACAUGAACACAAUACCAGUUUGCUCACAUUUACUGUCAAGAUCAUCAGUUCUCUUAGUCACAUACAUUUCUCAUUAAUAUUCAUGGAAGAAAAGAAAUCUCAAACUGUUCUGAAGGUGGUUUAUGAAACCUUGCAUUAGGAUUUUGUAUGGCAGAAUUCACAUCUAUAACACCUGAUAUGCUUAUGCUAAUUGCUUGUGACAUGGAAUGGUUUGUUGUUUUAUUUAAGGUUUAAUCAUCUGCCCAAGUCAUUGGUAUACCCGGUAUGUGACUUUUUUCGUUCAAAAUGUUUUCAAAAGUCAGCAUUUGGGAAAUGGCAAAGGUUUUACUUCAAUUUUAAUCUAAAUUUUACAGUGUAAUCAUAACAAAGAGAAAAAAAUGUGAUUAUGGUAUCUGAUAUUAUUUCUAGCCAAAUUUGCAAAAUUAUGAGAAAAAUGUUUUGUCUCUGAAAAUUGAAGGAAAAAAGAAAAAAGACUUGACUGUAUGACACUGCAGCUGACUAUCUGGUUGCUGUCGUAUUAAUUGCAGGUGUCAUAUGUGAAAUUCAUUUGAUUUAAAAAUAUGCAAUAAAUAUGUAAUUAU